AUGAUCAGUUCAUUCCUUACUUGGCUGUGCCUACUUCUCCUCAGCCCUUUGACAUAUGCUUUUGACAUACAAUCCAAGCAAAAUGUGGCACUUUACUGGGGUCAAAACUCUGCUGGUUCUCAGCAGUCAUUGGGUGAAUAUUGUCAGUCCACUGAUGCAGAUAUCUAUCUGUUGUCCUUCCUUUAUCAGUUCCCAACUAUCGGUUUAAACUUUGCAAGUGCUUGUACUACUUCAUUUGGAGAUGGCACACUGCACUGUUCCGAGAUCGCUCAGGAUAUCAAAACUUGUCAGUCCCUUGGUAAGAAAGUUUUCCUUUCUUUAGGUGGUGCUUCUGGUGCAUAUGGGUUUAGUGAUGACAACAGCGCUAAGCAAUUUGCUCAAACACUUUGGGACACAUUUGGUGAAGGUUCUGGGACUGCUGAACGUCCAUUUGACUCUGCAAUUAUUGAUGGAUUUGACCUUGAUAUUGAGAACAAUCAACCUACUGGUUACGCUGCCUUAGUUACUGAGCUAAGAACUCUUUUCGCCAAAGGUACCAAGAAAUACUACAUCUCCGCAGCUCCUCAAUGCGUCUAUCCAGACGCAUCCGUCGGUGAUGUACUAGCCAACGCCGACGUUGAUUUUGCGUUCAUCCAGUUCUACAACAACUACUGUAACGUUGACAAGAGUUUUAACUGGGAUACCUGGCUAAAUUUUGCGCAAAGCGUAUCUCCAAACAAAGAUAUCAAGUUAUACUUAGGUUUACCAGGUUCUGCUACCGCUGCUAGUUCAGGUUAUAUUUCAGAUUUGUCUUUAUUGAAGGAGACAAUUGCAAAAAUUUCAACUACUGCCAACUUUGGGGGUGUUGCUAUGUGGGAUGCUUCCCAGGCGUUUGCCAACAAGAUUGACGGUCAAUCUUAUGUUUCUCACAUCAAGAACAUUUUGAGUUCAGGAAGCAGUGAUUUGACAGGUACUUCUGCGUCUAGCAGUUCUUCAACCUUCACUUCUUCGGCAUCAUCUUCCACAAGCUCUAUCGCAGUUCCAGCCACGACUUCCAGCUCUGAGGCCAAGACUUCCACACUUGAACCUUCUUUCCCUACCACGACCGUCGCUACAAACACUGAAGCUAAGACUACAACUCUUGCGCCUCAAGACACUCUUCAAACUUCUGUCACGACGUCUGCCAGUGAUUCUUCGACAACUUCUACUACGAGUACAGUAAAGAUCACACAGACCCUGACUUCCGCAAACAUCAAACAAGUUUCGACCAGUUCAAACGAGACCCCUGUUGUUACAACGGAGACUUCUAGCUCGGCUACUAGAACUACAUUGGCCCCAACAACCACUCCUGUCACAACAACUACUCCCGUCAUAACAACUACUCCAGCUUCAACAACCACUCCUGCUACAACUGCUACAACUGCUACAACUGCUACUCCUGCUGUAACUACAAGUGCUACAACUACUCAGGCCACUACAAGUGCUUCUACAGCGCAUGAACAGGCAGUAAGCUUGAAUGCACUUUACUCAUCCGGAAAAUACAACGGCAAGGAAACUUGUAGCAAUGGUGAUAUUGCAUGCUCUUCCACCGGCGAAUUUGCCAUCUGUAACUAUGGUACUUGGGUGACAAUGGCCUGCGCUCAAGGUACAACAUGUUUUGCAUAUGAUUCUGGUGAGUCUGUGUCCAGUGGUUGUAACUUCUCAAAUCUAAAGGAUAAUUUCACCAAGUAA